AUGGGCACGAACGUCAAUGUGAACGUCAAUGUGAACGUCAUCAUCAACGUCAAUGCGAACGUCAACUUGAACGUCAAUGUGAAUGUCAAUGUGAACGUCAAUGUGAACGUCAACAUCAACGUCAAUGUGAACGUCAAUGUGAACGUCUACAUCAAUGUGAACGUCAAUGUGAACGUCAACAUCAACGUCAAUGUGAACGUCAAUGUGAACGUCAAUGUGAACGUCAUCAUCAACGUCAAUGUGAACGUCAAUGUGAACGUCAAUGUGAACGUCAACAUCAACGUCAAUGUGAACGUCAAUAGGAACGUCAAUGUGAAUGUCAAUGUGAACGUCAAUGUGAACGUCAAUGUGAACAUCAACGACAAUGUGAACGUCUACAUCAAUGUGAACGUCAAUGUGAACGUCAACAUCAACGUCAAUGUGAACGUCAAUGUGAACGUCAAUGUGAACGUCAACAUCAACGUCAAUGUGAACGUCAAUAGGAACGUCAAUGUGAAUGUCAAUGUGAACGUCAAUGUGAACGUCAAUGUGAACGUCAACAUCAACGUCAAUGUGAACGUCAAUGUGAACGUCAAUGUGAACGUCUACAUCAAUGUGAACGUCAAUGUGAACGUCAACAUCAACGUCAAUGUGAACGUCAAUGUGAACGUCAAUGUGAACGUCAACGACAAUGUGAACGUCAAUGUGAACGUCAACGACAAUGUGAACGUCAAUGUGAACGUCUACAUCAAUGUGAACGUCAAUGUGAACGUCAACAUCAACGUCAAUGUGAACGUCAAUGUGAACGUCUACAUCAAUGUGAACGUCAAUGUGAACGUCAACAUCAACGUCAAUGUGAACGUCAAUGUGAACGUCAAUGUGAACGUCAUCAUCAACGUCAAAUGUAAACGUCAUCAUCAACGUCAAUGUGAACGUCAAUGUGAACGUCAUCAUCAACGUCAAAUUGUGAACGUCAACAUCAACGUCAAUGUGAACGUCAAUGUGAACGUCAUCAUCAACGUCAAUGUGAACGUCAACAUCAAUAUCAAUGUGAACGUCAUUGUGAACGUCAUCAUCAAAGUCAAUGUGAACGUCAACAUCAACAUCAAUGUGAACGUCAAUGUGAACGUCAACAUCAACGUCAAUGUGAACGUCAGUGUGAACGUCAACAUCAACGUCAAUGUGAACGUCAACAUCAACGUUAAUGUGAACGUCAGUGUGAACGUCAACAUCAAUGUGAACGUCAGUGUGAACGUCAACAUCAACGUCAAUGUGAACGUCAAUGUGAACGUCAACAUUAACGUCAAUGUAUACCUCAACGUGAACAAAGACGUUAAGGUUAACAAACACAAAAACAAAGAUUCUUUCUUUGUCUAA